AUGAUAUUGCUGAAAGCGGUGCGCAUAUCUCGACGCCGAAACACCAGCAGGCUUUUUACUAUAGGCGAUUCCCGCCAGGCCACUCCAGUUCGAGCUUUGAUGGAUGAACUUGAACAUGUUGGAAGUGCGGCUCUAAUAUCCGGCACCAAUUCUUCAAUGGGUAACAACUCUAGCGGCAAUGGAGGCCUUUGGGAAACUCUUACCUCUGAUGAUGAUGGCUAUGGUGGAGUUCCUGCAUUAGCCACAAGCCUUUCAAAUGAGGAGCGAGUAGCCUUAAUCGUUAAUAGACUUUCCUUGUGGCGAAGGCGAAGACACGAUGAGGAACUCAUAGAAACAUGGGAUGAAUGGUGGCUCUCUAGGCCUUUUAAAUCUAAACUCCAUCUUAACACAAUAAAACAAACGCCAGAUCUAAUCGAAGCAUAUCAAUUACUUUGGCUGGCGGAUCCGUUUCUUGGAAUCAGCGAAUGUCUUAACAUAUGUGCCGCUGCAAAUGCCUUUUCUUCUGGCGGUGGUUUGACAACGAAUGUGAAUAGAGGUUUGACUCUCUAUGAACUGGAGCUUGGAUUGAUUGCUUGCCCUGAAGGUAGCCAAACAUUAGCUGCCUGCAUGUCUGCUCUGCUGGCCACCCCAAGAGAGCGCACUAAUCUAGCUAACGCCUUAGCAAGCCUUCCAUCAGUAGGGUCAGGACAGGUUUCUGAAAUAAAUGUAUCUGGCUCCAAUGGACUUUCUGGGGAUAUCGAUCCGGAAAGUGCUUCUACUGAGUCCUGCGGGAACGUUGCAUCUGCUCAAAGCGGGUGCGCUACUUUCUCAGCUUCAAUUAGUGGAGAAGCUUCUCCGAGCACCUGGUCAUCCUCUUCUCUUCUUGGCAGAUUUGUAAAGCGACGUGGGGCGUCCGGAUCGUCUGGGCGAAGCAUACGAAGCCUCGCUCAAACGGUGGCACCAUUGCCUUAUGCUGUCUGGGAGAGGCGUCUUGCAGCCCGCGUAGCUUCCUGGUACAGGGCUAUGAGGGAGAAGGGAAAAGGCGAGCCAUCUUGGGUAAGGCAAUUUGAAUACGUAUCUAAUCCAUAUCCUCAUUGGAUUUAUAUUUUAUGUUUACCUUAA